AUGUCAAACGACUGGGGAAACGACUGGAAUACGGAUACUUGGAACACCGGAUACUCACAACCCCAACAACCGGCCGCACCGGCAGCCUCACCGACUCCAGUAGCUCAAGAUAAUUCUUAUGGUGGCGGAUAUUAUACCCAACAGAGCACCGGAUUUGAUAGCGGGUACGGACAAUCAGGUCCCCAGCAAAAUCAAUUUAAUAAUGGGGGAGGAUACGGGCAACAACAACAGCAACAAAAUUAUGGAUAUUCACAGAAUGGAGGAUUCGGAGGAUUCCAGGCACAACAACUGAUGUCGGAUCCGAUGUUGAAUGCUGCGAAACAGUUUGGAGGACAAUUCGCCGAGCAGCAGAAGGAGAAGCUCACGAAAUACCUCGGAACAUUCAAUCUGAAAUACUAUUUCGCCGUGGACAAUGCCUACGUCGGAAAGAAAUUGGGAAUCCUUUUCUUCCCAUUUUUCCAUAAAGAUUGGUCUCUGAAAUUCGCCGGAUCCUCUGAUCCCGCCCCAGCUCGUGAUGACGUCAACGCUCCGGAUCUCUACAUUCCAUUGAUGUCCUUUUUGACAUAUAUCCUCGUUUCUGGAUUCGUAUUGGGCACUCAAGGACGAUUUUCACCCGAAAUUCUGGGAAUUCUGACGUCGAAUGCGUUGAUUUGGGUGAUUUUGGAAAAUAUUGUGAUAUUCAUCUCGAAAUAUAUUCUGAAUAUAUCACAAGCGUUGUCGGUGUGGCAUUCAUUGGCUUAUAGCACAUAUAAGUUUGCCCAGUGA